GGAAGAGAAAGAGAGGAUUGCGUGCUGGGAUUGUUGGUUUUUGCGCUUUCUUAGGGUUUGUAGCUGCGGCUAGGGCGCUCCAUGCUAGAUCUACAGGUAUGUGCCGCAGCUCCGCCGAUCUAGGCUCGUCUUUAGGAAUGCCAGCGAUCUCCCCAGACUGCGGCGCCCGCCCGGCGCCCAGCUUGCUCUAGUUGCUAGGGGUUUCGGUCGGGCAGAGGGAUGGGGCCUCUCUGUUCGCCGUGAAACCGGCUUCUUCCACCAGGGGAAAGGAAAAUGAAGAUCUAUUGCCGGAGAUCAGAGCAGAUCAUCGUGGUCGUCGUGUUUGCGGGAUUAAUUGGAGUUCUCGCAUUGGCUCUGGACGAUUUUCCUGUUCCUAGACAAGAUCAUACGCGCAGGUGGCUGCUCCAAGGUGUCAAUGACACAGGCUUUUCAACGAACGCGCCGUCUGUGUCACCCACCGUGGCUGCUCCACCCGGAAAGUCGCCCUCUCCUGGCUGCUGUGUGGACAAUAUGAUGAACAGACCCGGUGGCGAGACUUGCUCCUGUGUCUAUCCGAUAGAGAUCGGGCUACUUCUCGACAAUGUGUCGUCCAACUUCAUUAACUCCACCGUCGCCUUCCAGCACCAGCUCGCGUCCCAGCUCAAGCUCCAAGACCCGCAAGUGGUGAUUACAGCAUUCUAUUAUAUUACUACCAGUGAGCUCAAUAUGUCCAUUUAUCUAGGCCCCCUGGUCGGUGUUAGUUUCUCAUCCCAAGAGGCUACAAGCGUCAAGGCUUCUUUGGAUGCUCACAAGGUUCGUUUCAACUCUUCUCUUGUGGGAAACUACACGCUUCUUCGUUUCAACCUUUUUGGCCCGGAACCUGUGUCUCCAUCGCCCUCACCAGUUUUUGCACCUUCCCCAUCAAGAAAUCAGCCUCUAUCGACGCCCACCAACAACCAAUCCUCCGCUUCUGAAAGGCCCAAAGGGAAGGUUCGGCUGGGAAUUAUACUAGGAGUUGGUAUUGCAAUAGUGGCUUUGCUCUGCCUUUCUAUACUAUUCAUUCGUAAACUGGCUCCUGGAAACAAAGAAUCUGAAGAGAAGGCAAGCUUGACCAAGUCAGGUCACACGUCCUCUUUUACUAAAGCAUCGGACCCUCCUCAAAUGCUCUCUUUGUUAACUCGUCCAACAAGCACGCGAAUAUUUUCCUACGAGGAUCUCAAAGAAGCAACGAAUGGCUUUGAUCCGGCUAACUUGUUAGGCGAAGGCGGCUUUGGACGUGUGUACCGAGGGAACUUGAAAGAUGGAAUGGCAGUAGCGAUCAAGAGGCUCAGCAGUGGUGGUCAUCAAGGCGAUAAAGAGUUUUUGGUGGAGGUGGAAAUGCUAAGCAGAUUACACCAUAGACAUCUCGUGAAACUUGUCGGGUUUUUCAGUAGCCGGGAUUCCUCACAGCAUCUUCUCUGCUACGAACUUGUUCCUAAUGGAAGUUUGGAGUCGUGGCUUCACGGACGACUUGGUGCAAACAACCCACUAGACUGGGAUACACGAAUGAAAAUCGCAAUCGGUGCAGCGAGAGGGCUGGCGUAUCUACAUGAAGACUGUCAACCUUGCGUUAUUCACAGGGAUUUCAAGGCUUCAAACAUAUUAUUGGAAGACAACUUCCAAGCGAAAGUUGCCGAUUUUGGUCUUGCCAAGCAGGCUCCGGAAGGACAAACAAGCUACGUCUCGACCCGGGUCAUGGGAACUUUCGGAUAUGUUGCUCCAGAGUACGCGAUGACUGGACACUUACUUGUGAAAAGCGACGUCUACAGCUAUGGCGUAGUCUUGCUUGAGUUGCUCUCCGGGAGAAAGCCCGUGGACAUGGCACAGCCUACCGGCCAAGAGAAUCUAGUCACCUGGGCACGGCCUGUGCUCAAGGAUGUCGAUCACAUCUACGACCUCGCAGAUCCCCGACUAAACGGCCAGUACCCGCGGGAGGACUUCGCACAAGUUGCUGCGGUAGCUGCUGCUUGCGUCGCCCCGGAAACGAACCAGAGACCAACGAUGGGCGAGGUGGUCCAGUCUCUCAAGAUGGUGCAGCACAGCAACGAGUACACGCACAGCGGCGAGAGGGAAAACAUGACGGUGGAGACCCCGGUGUCCCCGAGCAUGUCGGACGGGACGUUUGCGACGAGCUGGCACAACCACAACACCCGGCAGACGUCGGCAACGUUUGAGUCGGAUGGUACGUCGUCCUUCUUCUCCUCGGGCCCCUUCUCAGGCUUGGCAGCGCUGGACGAAGGCGAAGACGCGCAGCGCGGGCCGACCAUGUCCGAGGAUCUCCUCGAGGGAAGGUGAUAUGGAUUGGUUUGUAUGUAACUAAUGCCAUUCCUGGGAAUAACAGUGGUCGAACUGAUGGAAGCACAGUCUUCUCGGAUUUUUCUAA